UUCAGCCCCCUUUUGAAAAACCCUAAAAAUGGAAAUCACCGAAGAACAACGAAAGCGAGCCGAAGCGAAUCGAUUAGCAGCCCUAGCAAAACGCAAAGCCUUGGCCGAAUCGUCCUCCGCCGACCCGUGGUCGCUUUUCAAGUGCCGGAAGCUCUCUCCGGACCUCAAACCCACCUCAAUUCGCCGCACCCGCGAUGCUUCAAGACCCGAAAUUUCACUGGCCGACCCGGUUUUGGAGAACCAGAUGUUCCGGGUCCGGCUCGAAAUCUGCUCGCCGGACUCGUUCUCGGCCACCCCCGUCGGAAUUCAAGGGUUCGCAUUUCCGGGGCAGGAAGAGUGCUUAAGGAGAUUGAGUGAUUGCUUGGCUAGUGUGAUGCCAUCCCACUACACGCAGAAUGACGGGGGUGGGAAGGCCGGUGUUUAUAAGCUGAGUGAGUGCAAGCAAGUUGUGAGAUGUUUGAAGAGCAACAAGGGUAUUGAUGUUGAAGAGAUACCUUGGACUACUUUCAAUGUUGUCAAGAGGUUCUCAGAGUCGUAUAUCACAGGUAUAUCACAGGGAAGUGGGUGCCGUGCAGGCCAGAACACUUGUCACAGGAUAAGGGGUGGACGGUGUCUCAUUGCAGACGAAAUGGGUCUUGGAAAGACUGUACAGGCUGCAUUGAGUCAGCAUUAUAAUGCAGUUGUGGGGAGUUAG